CAAGGGCCAUCUCAGAGCUUGGUCUUCAGCCAGACGACUCAAACCGCAAACAUGCUUCGCUCGUUAUGCAAGAACUCGUGCCGACGAGCAUUGACUGCUUCAGGAAAACGACCACUUGCUAUGUCUCAGAUGGCGCGGGAUCCGGGAUCUCCUCUCCUUAUUCGCCUGCAGCACACCGUUCCAGAGUCUGGAGUCCUUAACGCGGACGAAGACAGAGACGGACCCGUAGACGCUACGUCUGCAGAACCGGUAGCACCUGCAGUACCUGCUGAGAACAAGGAGUCUGGGAUCACCGGGGCUCUCCAAUCGCCCUCCAAGCAACAUCUGCCUGGCAAAACGGAAAGCACUCCACCCCAGAGCUCGUCGCAAUCCGAGGUGCAAACCACCAAGCUUUCAGAGAAGCCAUCCGCGAAGAAGGCAUCACCGUCCCAGACGAGAUCGAACAUGCGGAUGAAAAAGGAAAACUGGUUGCGCAAAGUCAUAGCUGGUAACGAAGAUCCUGAGGAAACGCGCAACGGCAGCCUGGACUCGUUGUCCAGGGGCGGGCCGGCAUUGACUAUCGGAGACUUCAGAUCAGCAGUGAGACUGGAGCAUACGGCAGAUGCGAUCCGGAUUUUUUGGUCCAUGGCAAAUGCUGGUGCGCUGACUGGCCUAGGAUGGCGAGAUUACGGCAAUCUCAUCAAGCUGAUUCGUGACACUAAUUAUCGCCCUAUGGACCAAAAGCCCGGCGAGCGGGGGGAAAAGGCGGCGCGCACUGUCACCGCCAUGGAAGGCAUUUUGGAGGUCAUGCAGCAGAACGGAGUUCUUUUCACGCCUGGAAUUUAUGCAACGAUGGCUUCCACAUACGCCAGAGCAGGUCGGGUCGAUAAGGUGCGGGAAGUUCUUGACAAGGCGGAAGCAAGGGGAUGGGUUGUGCAAUAUGCACAGGCAAUACUACUGAACGCGCGCGCCAAGGGCGAACCAAAAAUAGCAUUGGAGGAGCUUGAAAAGUCCCUGGAAGGCAUCCGAGAACCCGAUGAAAGUUUGACGGGCGUCUACAAUUCUUUGCUCCAACAAUUCUCCACAGAGAAGGACUCGGCGCGAUUCCAGCGAUGUCUGAAAUUGGGCCAAAAGUACAGAAUAGUGCCUAACGCCACCACAUACGACGUCCUUGUUCGGCAUUUCGCGGUGUACUCCCCAAACAUGGUCGAAGCGCUGGCCCUCAACGAGCAGAGAUUAAGACACGGUCUUCCGCGAUCCUCCAGAGCGUAUCAGUCCAUUAUCCACGGUUACCACAUCGCCAAAAAUCCGGCGAAAGUUAUCGAAUACUAUAGGGAAAUGGAAACCUACGACCUGCACCGGCACGUUAACGUUUACAACAAGGCCAUCGCCGCAAUGGGGCAGUUGCGUGACGCGCGCGGUGGAAUGGCCAUCUACCUGUCCCUCCUGCGUGCGAAAUCAACCAAGCCCAUUCGACCAACCUACGCUGCUCUCAGCACCGUCCUCGAGCUCUGGCCAACAUCCUUUCGCGAACACGUCACCGCCGCCGGAGGCGUCACGUCGAAGCUUCUCUACAGAGGGGUUAUAAAAGGCUUGGCCGACGCGAAAGCCGAUGCGCAAACCGCACGCAUCUGCAACGAAUACCGUGACCUGUGCAAGAAGCACCCGCAGACCUUCAGCUUGUCCACCGACCUCAUCAAGAUCGAGUUGAACAGUCUAUGCCGGCUGAAGAAGCAGGUCGAAGCUGAGGCGCUAUGGGAUGAACAUUUCAAAGGAAGAAGAAACAUGGAAGACGUGUUUGCGUACCGCGCGCUGUUCGUCCUGUACGCCCGCACUUCCAAUGCCGCCAUGGCGCGUAAGACGUUUGAAGAGUACAAAAGCCGAGGCCACGUACCUGACUUGUUCGUCUAUAACGGUCUCGUCCGAAGCGUGUGGAACCAGGCUGCCGACGCACCCAUGAACGACGAAUGUGUCGCGUACCUCCGCGAGGCGGCCAAGCUGGGGCUGAUCGACGAAGUCAACACGGUUUCGGAAACUGGCGCCGUGUGGAAGGGGACGGCGGUGGUGGGUAGGGGCGAUGUUGAACGGGGAUUCAGAAUAUUGAAGAGCGAUGAGAAGGUGGAUGUGCUGUCUCUGCCGAAAUGGACUGAGCUGAAUCUGGAAGAUUCAUUGGCGGGCCCUGCGGCAAGUUGGAAGACGGCCCAGGGCUUUCUGGUGACGGAGAAUGCGCCGGAUCCUCAGAAGGACGACAUAUUGUAGAGGUUGGAAGACCGUUGUCUACGUAGACGGCUCCUUCGAAAAUCGGAUCCAGAUGAGGCCCGUAGUUGUGGAACAGCGGCGUUUGUUUGGGAGAGGCCCGCCAGAGCUGACUGA